UCCAGGUCAGUUUAGUCUGUAUGCUACCUCGCCUCCAUCACUUUCAUGAUGGCCCGGUCCAACUCGGCCCAAAACACCUGCAAAUGGAUUCUGGCUGUCCUCACGCUGUGGUCCAUGGUGUCUCUGAUCAUCAUCGUGGUGUGGGUAACCUGGCCCCCCAAAGCUAGCAUUGAGCAAUGCCAAGCAGAACAACAGGCCUUAAUUGAAAAGAUGGAAGGAGCCAAAGUGGUGAAAGAAAAAGAGCAGAGUGUCUUAAACUCAACGCUGAAGCUAAGCUUCGAGAACCAGACUGAUCUUCAAGAGGAGCUGGAGAUUAUUUUGGAGAGCAAGAGAGAAAUAAAUGCGUCUCUAACUGAGAUCUUGCAGCUACAAAUGAUCUUAAAGCAAAAUGAAACUGCUUUGGAAAAUAAAUCAAUUCUGCUCCAGAAUAAACAUCACAGACUUUCUUCCGAGCUGGCUCAACAGCAGGAUCUUAUUGAGACAAUGUGGAUGAAUCUGAGCAGUGGAGCUCAUCAUUUGGAUUCGUGUGAAGCUUUACGCGUUGCCGCGAUCAGCCAGCAGAUGGCAGCAGAGAGUCAGAGGAAAGCCUGUCAAUCCACAGCAGUUUAUCUGGCCAAACAACGAGAGAACUGCUAGAUGAAGAAACGAAGGACCAAGGAUGUCCAAACCUUGAACUCAAUAGGACAGAAUUGUGUUCUCUUCUCCUAAACAUCAGUUACAUUGUUGCCUUCAAGAGAUACUAUCCAAAAUAAAUGCUUAUAUUCAGAGCUUUAUUGGAUAAGAUUGUUACAUUCUAACACAUUGCGUUUCACCAUGUUGUUGUCAUUGCAUAAUAAGUUAUAACUUUAGCUUGGUAUCAUAUCUGCUUAUAUGCAAUCCUCUUUAUACUGAAACGGCUUCUUACUUUGUAAAGUUAAAUAUUAUCUGAUAAUUUAUCAUUCUGUAUUAAUAGCUUAACUAAUGCAUUCAGUUUUUACUAUUUUUCUCUAAUCACAACUGAACAUAACUGUAGCCUACAUAUCUAUUAUUCGGGUGCUUGGCCUCUCAUCUUAUCUUAAAAGAGGCACGUAGGAUGACAUUUGUUUAUAAAUAAUAUGCAUUUACAGUUUAUGUUAAAAUAUUAAACACAAGCCUGCAUAAAUAAUAAAACAUUAUUAGGGCGGAUGGAUGAAAUAAGGUAUUUGCAUUAGUCAACAUACUACAAAUAGUUAAAUUAUGGUUACUGUGCCCUUUUUGCGCAGGAAAUGUGUGUGAUCGAAAAUGUGAAUUACGCAACAAAAACACAAACAUACGUGCAAAACAAGACAAGAGCAUGUUGAGUUUUUAGGGGAUCGGAUGAUGAGAGGGGAGGGAAGAACGCAACACACAACUUCCGGAUUCAAAACCGAUCAACUGCUCGCAGCUCGAGCGUUGUAAACAAGACAAUCCAAUGACCUGUCCAAACAAAACCGUCCACAAUUCUCCCAUUGUGCUAAGACAUCAAUUGCCACAGGAAUGAGUUCCUCAGAUGACAACUUCACUUCACAUCGUCGAAGGAACCCUCACAGGAACUGUCGGCCCAUUGUUGAAGAACCGGACAAAUCCCACACAUCUUCUUCAGUUGACAAAGUUUCCGUUUUGCAUAGUAACAAAAAGACAGCAGAUUUGCAUCCUGCCAGAUCACGUGGGUUAUGCAAAACCAGGAAAGACAAGCAGAAACCUGAAGCAGUCAGUCGAAUUGGCUCUCCUGAAAGAUGCGUAAAUGGACACUUGUCUCCAAAUUCGCAUGAACCUGAGCUGAAAAAACGUCUCAAACCCAAACAACCGGCAAAGACUACGAAACGAUCUCGCAAGGGAAGAACGAAAUCGGAUGUUGAACCUUGUGAGAAAGCUGACGUUCCCUCUUCAGAUGAUGUCGCUUGUUUUGAAAGACUGGAAAAUUCAGAACCCACUGCAAGCGCAGAAUCACAAAAAUUUGGGAAAACAAAACGGACAUGCUCUCGGCCCCCUAAAAAUGUUUCUCCAGGACUUUCCACACGCACUGCAUUAACUCCUCAAAAGCAGAAAAUCUCCCGUCACACUAAAAAUGAUCGAAGUCCCAGUCCACACACACCAAAACGCCUUAAUGUCCAGCCCCGCCCUCUUCUAAGCUCCACACCAAACCUCAACACUCUAAAUCGAGCAGACAUAAGUUGCUCGCCGUGUCAUCAGGACGUCUCACAGUCUAGUCCCGUAAAGCUGUCUUCCACAGACGUCAAGCCAGUAAGAAAGUGCAAAACCCAGAGGCUCCUGGGAGCGGAGAGACCAGCGGGACGCAGAAAAAGAAUUGUCCAGGAGCGUCCAGGUUCAUCUCGCCCACCAAAACACAGCAGGAAGAGUGAAAGCUUGUCAACAGAAUCUCCUCAGAAGGAGCCCUCGGUUGAGACGCUGCCUACAACUAGAACGGAGGAACUGGCAGAUCCGAGCAUGUCCUCUGACCUAUCCAUCGAGCUGAGCCUGCAGGAGGAGCUCCAGCCAUUCUAUCACUCUCUGUCCCUGCAGGAGGAGGAUCAGGAUAAUGAGGAGGAGGAGCUUCCCAGUUUCUUGCAGGACAACAAAAAGCCUUCCUCAAUCUCGGAGGGACUUUGUGUGUGGUGUAAACUGAGGAAAUACCCCUACUGGCCGGCAGUGGUUAAAAGUGUCAAUCACAAAAUCAAAAAGGCCAGCAUCCUCUUUAUUGAUGGCUACAUAAUUGACCAGAAGAGAAACAAGAAAGGGUUUUCUGUGUCAAUGCGGACCCUAAAGCCCUUUAACUGUGAAGACUAUAACUUACUUGUGGACAUAGCAAAGGCAAAGUACGGCAGUGCAUUAACCUGGUCUCUGGAGCUGAUAUCAGACUAUAAAAUUCGAAUUGGUUGUGGCUCCUUCGUUGGUUCCCUUAUAGAAUACUGUGCUGCUGACAUCAGUUGCCCAGUGAGGAGGAAAUACACCGAGGGGACGUCUGUUUUGACCUUCCCCAGUCAAGAGAUCCUGAGCGAAGAGAAUCACAAUUUCGAUAAUUCGGAGGACAUCAUUUUGGCAGAACACGAUGAUCUCUCAAAGAAAGUGCUGCCGGACCGAGCCAAAGCUGCGCGGAAUCGCGCCAAUGUCCACCUCGUUGACUUCAUAGUCAAUAGGCGAAAAGUCGAAAACCGCUUGCUGGCAGUAAUCAAUGGCGAUGAAUCAUCUCAAUGGAUCCGAGCCCUCCGGAAGCCCACCCGGCAGUGGGUCGACGUCUACCUGGAAGACGAGGAGCAGGUGGAUAAAGUGUAUAGUUACCUGAAGGAGGUGUGUGACAGCUCUCCACAUACAAACGCCUGUCUGGAGAGAAUCCAGGCCGACCGGAUCAGUUUUAUUCUGGAUGUGCUUCUGCCUGAGGCAAUUAUCCACGCCAUUGCUGGAGUCCACAAGCUUUCUCUGGAGAAAGCAGAGGAGAAAUAUCGCAGCGGGCCGUGCUUCAGUAACAGAGAAAGACAAGAGUUCGACAUGAUGAUUGAACAACAGAUGAAGCUCAAAGAAACUACACUGCGUCGAAAACAAAAAGAAUAAAAACAAAACACGUAUUUUAAAGAAACACAGAUCAUUUAUAUAAAAAAAUCUCUUUGGACAGCACUUAAUCAUUUUAUACAAGACAUGAAAUACAGAUUGCUUUAGCCAAGUAAUUAAGUUUUGCAAAUAAACUAAAUGUAUUUUGAUAUUUUGUCUUUGCUGCUGUGUCUGUGGAAGAGUUUCUUAUAGAAACUUGAAGACCUUGUUCUCUAGCAUAUUCAGUAAUGUGAUCCAGAUGCUGGAGUCGUCAACGUGUGGUGCUGUCAAUGUGUAUGUGCCUGGCUUGCUAUGAACUAAUACAUCAUUUUCAUUUGUUACUUUACCUAAAAAUAAAAAAUGACUCGCCCUCGGGUCAUUUUGAACCUGUAUAUGACUUCUGCACAGCACAAAAGAAGAUUUUUGAAAAACGCUAGUAUGCAAAGAACACUGAACCCAAUUGACUUACAUUGUUAAAACCAACAUUUUCAAAAUAUAUUUUUUAUCCACAGAAAAAAGAGUCGCAUAGAGGUUUUUUAAUGGCGUGAGGGUGAAUAGAUGAUUACAGAAUGUUCAUUUCUGGGUGAACUGUCACCUCAAGCAACUGUGGGAAAGUUGUGUUUUAUUUGCUUAUAAUGUACUAUUUUUAAAUGUCAAGCGGUGUGUAUUAAAUCUUAUCUCUAGAUGUUUCUCAAAAUCUGUGAAAUGUUCAUCUUAUUGUGGAAUAAUAAUUAGUAUUAACUAUCGUUGUGCGAGUGCAUUAAAGUACCGUUGCCAUUUUUGCUACUUGACAGUUCAGGAGCUUUGCAGAUUGUUUCUAUACAGCCAAAGACUAACUUCUCAUUGUUUUUCAAUAAACUUUUAUUGUACAACACCCACA